AUCACAUUAUCCGUCCUAAUCAUCAUCCUCCUAGCACUAGGCGCAUCAGUCACAGACGCGUCGUCCCAUUCCCAGGAGGAUCAGCUCAUCAAGUUCAUGGAGUCCAGGGCCUUGAAGAGGCUCAGAAACAGGCCCAACAAAAACGGGCCUGGAGAAGACGACCAAUGGGCCGAUCCCGGCAGAUUCAGCCACCUGGCGACGCGCAGCGUCAGCUCACCGGAGAGCACCAAGGAGGACGACAGGAUCGCCGCGCUGCCCGGCCAGCCUUGCGGCGUCAACUUCGCGCAGUUCGCCGGCUACGUGACGGUGGACAGGAAGAACGGCCGUGAGCUGUUCUACUACUUCGUCGAGUCCCCCUACGACGCCUCCACCAAACCUCUCAUCCUCUGGCUCAACGGAGGGCCUGGUUGCUCGUCGCUCGGGUUCGGCGCGAUGAAGGAGCUUGGUCCUUUCCGGGUUAACCCCGAUGGCAAGACGCUAAGCAGGAACAAGCAUGCUUGGAACAACGUGGCUAACGUGAUCUUCCUUGAGUCGCCGGCGGGUGUUGGGUUCUCCUACUCGAUGAACUCCUCCGACUACAGUGACGUAGGUGACCAAAUAACGGCGGAGGACACAUAUGUUUUCCUGCUCAACUGGUUUAAUCGGUUCCCGGAGUACAAGGGCCGUGACUUCUACAUCGCCGGUGAGAGUUAUGGCGGCCACUACGUCCCGCAGAUCGCCACCAUUGUCACGUUUAUCAACCAUCUCUUUGACGGCAAUACCCCCUUCAACCUCCGUGGCAUCUUUGUUGGCAAUCCGCUGCUUGAUGAGUACAAGAACGGGGAGGGUAACCUGGAGUUCCUGUGGAGCCACGGCGUGAUCUCCGACGAGGUCUGGGGCAAGAUCCUCGCCAACUGCACCUUCACCUCCUCCGACGACUGGCCGUGCUUCGUGGCGGCGCACUCGUUCCAGAGAGUGAACAUAGAUCGCUACAACAUCUACGCUCCGGUCUGCCUCCACGAGCAAGAUGGAACCUUUCGAUCCAGCGGCUAUUUACCUGGCUAUGAUCCGUGCAUCGACUACUACAUCCCUCGUUACCUCAACAAUCCCGAUGUGCAAAAAGCAUUGCACGCACGAGCUGACACGAACUGGUCAGGUUGCAAUCUAGACUUGGCCUGGAACGAUUCCCCUGAUUCCAUGGUGCGAACCAUCAAAAGGCUGGUGGAAAAUGGAUUAAGUGUAUGGAUUUAUAGUGGUGAUAUGGAUUCAAUAUGCUCACUUACUGCGACAAGGUACUCCGUCAAGGACCUUAAUCUGACUAUCACGCAUAAGUGGCGUCCUUGGUACACACCUGAUAAUGAGGUUGGAGGCUAUGUUCAGCAGUACGAAGGAGGAUUCACGCUAGCAUCAGUGAGGGGAGCUGGACAUCUGGUUCCAUCUUUCCAGCCUAAGAGAUCACUUGUUCUCCUCUACUCUUUCCUGAAGGGCAUGCUCCCACCUGCUGAUAUCCCGAAGAUGAUGAGCAACACACUAUCCUUUAGCUUCGUUCUCAUCAUUUGCGUGGCAGCAUUGCACGCAAAUGGAUCGCCAGAAGAGGCCAGAUUCAGAGAGUUCGUGCGAUCCAGAAGGAGCAGCACUGUUACUGUCAGUGGCAGCAAUGGCUACAGUGCACAUGAGCCAGGAGCAAGAGUUAGCAGUAGACUCAAAGAAGAGUACUCUGUCUCCGACCAGAGCAAUCUGAAGGCCGCCGAUAAGAUCACGGCGCUGCCUGGCCAGCCCAAGGGCGUCGGCUUCAAUCAGUACGGCGGGUACGUGACCGUCGACGAGAUGAACGGCCGUGCUCUCUUCUACUACUUCGUCGAGGCGACGACUGACGCCGCGGCAAAGCCACUCCUCCUGUGGCUCAAUGGAGGUCCCGGGUGCUCGUCAGUUGGCUAUGGAGCAAUGAUAGAACUUGGUCCAUUCAGGAUAAACAGCGACAAUAAAACACUCAGCAGAAAUGAGUACGCCUGGAACAAUGUGGCUAAUGUGCUCUUCCUGGAAUCGCCUGCUGGUGUGGGAUUUUCUUACUCCAACACAUCUUCUGACUACGACAAGAGCGGCGACCAAAGAACAGCCAAUGACUCGUACAUCUUCCUAGUCAAUUGGCUUGAGAGGUUCCCGGAGUACAAAGGACGUGCCUUCUACAUCUCUGGCGAGAGCUAUGCUGGACACUACGCUCCACAGCUUGCAGCCACCAUCCUGACUCACAACAUGGAGAGCAAGAGAAUGAUCAUAAACCUACAGGGUAUACUGGUUGGCAACCCUUGCCUUGACGAGUUCAAGAACCUGAAGGGGCAAAUUGACUACUUGUGGAGUCAUGGGGUGAUAUCAGAUGAGGUGCUGGCCAACAUCACCAAGAACUGCAGGUUCAGUCCGUCAGACGGUAAAGCAUGCUCUGAUGCUAUGGACGCAUUUGAUUCUGGUAACACCGAUCCCUACGACAUAUACGGACCGGUUUGCAUCAACGCACCCGACGGAAAAUUCUUCCCCAGCCGCAUUGUGCCAGGCUAUGAUCCAUGCAGCAACUACUACAUCCACGCUUACCUUAACAAUCCCGUGGUACAGAAGGCUCUCCAUGCUAGAGUGACAACGUGGUUAGGCUGCAAAAACUUGCACUGGAAAGAUGCACCAGUGUCCAUGGUGCCAACGCUCAAAUGGUUGAUGGAACACGGAUUGCCAGUGUGGUUGUAUAGCGGCGACCUCGACUCCGUGUGCCCGCUCACAGCCACGAGGUACUCCGUCGGUGACCUCGGCCUCGCCGUCACUGAACCAUGGCGCCCAUGGACAGCAAACAGAGAGGUUGGAGGGUAUGUUCAGCAAUACACGGGUGGGCUAGUGUUCAUCUCCGUAAGGGGAGCUGGCCAUCAGGUCCCUUACUUCCAGCCUGAGAAAGCACUCAUCGUUGUCAGCUCCUUCCUGAGGGGAGCACUCCCGCCUUAUGUCAAACAGCAGUAAAUUUUUGUCGUGUGAUGUAUGCAGCAUUCCUGUAUGAAAUACGUGAAUCCAAAAUGUUGAUUCUUCUUGCCUGAAAACAGUUUCAGGACUAUUGAGUCUUGAUGAAAG